CUGUCUGUGCAAGGAAUCGGACACGGUGUGUUUUGGGGCAGAUAUGUCAAGAUGAGACCUACAUAGAACAUCAUUUUUACCCUUGAAUUACCACUAACCCAGCCUCCUGCACCAUGAAUUCCCACAGGAAGGGCACGCCCUCGGCCAGAUUCACCACCUACAUAGACUUUGAGGAGAUUAACGAUGGACUCACUACAGUGGGCGAAACUGUGCCGCUGAGGCCAAUCGAUGUUCCCGAGGAGACAAAUGUGGACGAGGAGAAGAUAGAGCCUCAUCUUCUUCCAGGCGAGAUCAUGAUAGCGAGGGCCAACAACGUCCUCAAGUUUGCACCGCUGAAAGCCAAUCGAACUGGCAUCUCCGGCACCUUGUUUGUCACCAACUUUAAGGUUUCUUUUGUCACCUCGCUGCCGGUGGAGACCAAGGAGAGAGACAUGCACAGCAGGAGCCUUCAGAAUCGCUUCCUUGGCGUGCAUGACGUAUGCCUCUCGGAAGUGGACAUGGUCAACCAGUUUUCUGAAGACAGUGCCAAGAAAAAACGUUUGCUGUACAACACCCAGAUGCCUCCCAGACUCUCAGGACUGCAGCUGGUGCUUAAGAGCCUACGUGUCAUUAACUUCAGCUUUAAGUUCACACCGACUGGCGAGGACAUCCGAGUGGCCCAGGCGUUGCUGCAUCAUGCUUUCCCUACCUCCAUAGACCACCUGUUCCUUUCCUGUGGCUACGCGCCCUCCUCACCUGGCAUUCCUGACUUCUGCAGACCGGCUGACUGGGAACAUGAGCUUCAAAGAACUCGGUGUCCCAACUGGAGGGUUUCCAAGCACAAUGAGUUCUUCAAUCUUUGUGCAUCCUUACCAACAGUCCUAGUUGUGCCUCGAGACCUUCUGGAUGCACAGCUGGAGCAGGCAGCCCAGCAUUUCCAGGGGACCCGGCCGCCAGUGUGGUGUUGGGGUACGCCUGCUGGUGCAGCUCUGGUCCGAAUGGCCCAGAUAUCGCCCAGCAUCACUGACAACAAUGACAAUCCGGUGGCCCGUGUCCCUGUGCUAGCCUUGCAAGCUGCCAGUGGCUUCCUAGUGGGGAGGACAGGAUGGCAAUGGGCGGAGAGGGGGCUACACCUCGCCCUUGAGGAGGGGAAGCCUAGCCACAGUAGGUUGUCGGUGUCAAAGUCUGUUGGCAGCAACAUGAAGAAAAGGAAAGUGGAUGAAGCUUCCCAGCAGCAGGAGAACAGGAUGAUGGGGCUGGUGCAUCGCUGCCACCCUAUGAGGCUGCAACCAAAGAUCUUCGACCUCGACCAAAUACUGCCUUCCCUCAAAGAGAUCCAGAUCUCAUACAUUAAACUAAGAGAGCUGCACACACCUGAUGACCCAACACAGUUCUGGGAGCAGGACCGCCACUACUUCAGCCGCUUGGAAUCCUCUCGCUGGCUUUCCCACGUUAGCAAGUGCCUGGAAGUGGCUCAGAAUGCUGCCACAGCCAUCCUGCACCAGAACAGCUCUGUCAUCCUCCAGGAUGCCAGUGGGUGUGACCUGAGUGCUGUCAUCUCGUCCCUGGUGCAACUGUUGCUCGACCCACAUGUGCGCACCAUCCGUGGUUUUCAUUGCCUCAUUCAGAAGGAAUGGGUUGCCCUCGGACAUCCCUUCACCAAACGCCUCGGCCACACCAGAAACCAGGUGGAGGAGCAGAGUCCAGUGUGGCUGCUGUUCCUGGACUGUGUGUACCAGGUGAGCCUGCAGCACCACACAGCCCUGGAGUUCACCUCGGAGUACCUGGUGGCCCUGUGGCACGCCGCUCACUGCUCACUACACUCCAGUUUCAUGUUCAACUCUGUCAGUGCCAAAUAUAGUGCAAGCGAUGUCCUUCAACGAGAGAACCCACAGCAGCCAAUUUACUUGAGGCCAGUGUGGAGUUGGUGGGCUGAAAACAAAAGUAUUAUUGAAAAUGAACAGAAUGGAUCUGAUGAGGAACCUUUGGAUUGUAAAACCUCAGCUAGGGAGGCUUUCCUCAAUGUCCAUUAUAUUCAGAAACUAUUCAAAUCACUGGCCAUCAGUGGGGCAGUGAGACGCAUCAGUGACCCACUGUCCAGCGCCUACCACACCUGGCAGCAUAUUGACUGCCUCAUGGGAGAAACCAGGCAGCUACCCUACGACCCAGCCACACCCAUCGUUCCCUUACAGCUGGAUGGAAGUUUGAGGCUGGACACCAGUCUCAGUAAUCUCCGGCCUUGGCUCAACUGCUUCUGUGCCUGGCUGUCCGAGCCGGCCAUGCUGACGCUCAAUGACUCUGAGUCUUUGCUGAAGGAUUCCUCUCCGGCCUCCCACCACUGGUCACACAUCCAUGAAAUGUACAACACUAUGAAGGAUCUCUUGUCACAGAACCUAACCAAUGGAGCUGCUCAGUAGCCUGUCUGGUGGUGCAGUUGUGAGCUGCAAUGUAAGACUUCAUACCAAUCACAGUGUUGGUUAAUUAAAAAAGACUUGUGAUAAUCACUUUUUCAAUCAUAGACUGUGAAAGUCAGCCAGGCCUGGGUGUCGGCUGUUGGGUGUUAGCUCUAAGAGUGAUGCCCUUGUUGAGUAUCACAGCUCACCAAAAAAGGUGAAUCUGUGAGAAAAUUAACUACAGAUAACAUGUGAUUCUUCAUACUGGCUCAUAAUAUCAGUAUGAAUGUUUUGGGUUUUAAACGGUGCAUGUGUGUAUGUGUGACAAGUGGAAAGGGUUGUGCUGAGAAUAUUCUUCCAUUGUGGCCCCCAGUUUAUCCAAUGGGAGUGUGUGUGUGUGCAUCAUGUGUUUAUUGAAUAUGGGGGACUUGUGAUUGUGGAUGAAGGGAAAGUUUAAAUUAAGAUGGGUCAGAAGUAAUAAUGUUUGCAAGAGUAACAACUAUGUCUUCCUUCAGCCAAAGUUUAUAAUCUGUGUGUGUGUGUGUGUGUGUGUGUGUGUGUGUGUGUGUGUGUGUGUGUGUGUGUGUGUGUGUGUGUGUGUGUGUGUGGUGUAGUACUUGUUGGUAUACAGGGGUAUUGAGACUUUGCUACUUGCUGGACACUGGAAUCGAGGCAACAGUCAAGGUUAUCUGGACCUGUAGUGGUGUGGUAUGUCCUCUGAGUAGUGCCAUGUGACCUCAUUGUUGUGGCACCAUAGAAUCAAUCAGUCAGUCAAUCUAUACUUAAGCACAUUCUAAGGUCACUGAUUGGUCAAAAAAUCCCAAAGAAUAAGUGUGUGGUUCAUUAUUGCUCUGCACAAUAUAGAAUGAAUGUCACAAUAUGUAUCAAAUUAUUCCUCAUGAAGUGAAGAUCGUCCUGGUCAGAAUAAGCCGUGAUUAAUUGCAGGAUAUUGUAAUGUCUUCGUGAAAUGUUGAUGUCUUGAGUCACAGUAAACAUUCAGGAUAUUGUGAUGUCUUCCUAAAAUGUUGAUAUCUUGAGUCACAGCAAACACCCCUUAUAAUGAAAUUAAUCACUCUUGUUAUGAAUAUGUUUACAAUUUCUUUAAUUAGAAACUAUGUUUUGAUUCUUGCCUCUUGUAUUCACACAUGGCAGACAAGGCAAAGUUGCUCUUAGUUGUAUUUAUAUUAUUUAAUUCAAACAGACUUCAGUGCAUCAUCUUACCUAAAUGACCCACCAGUUAUGCAGUUUGUAACCUUAACACUCUCUCUCUCUCUCUCUCUCUCUCUCUCUCUCUCUCUCUCUCUCUCUCUCUCUCUCUCUCUCUCUCUCUCUCUCUCUCUCUCUCUCUCUCUCUCUCUCUCUCUCUCUCUGACACAAAUUUCAGUUCAUUAAUUUUUGAGCCAAACAAGACAUCAGCUUUGCCUGUGAACCAGUUUAAGGGACCAGGUGGGCAGGUGGAAGCUCUUUAUGUUAGGGUGGAUACUGUGUGAAGGUUGUAUGACUCAUCUUAUUUUUAAUUUCCCCUCUCCCCUUCCCCCAUAUGUGGGUGUGACAUGUUUUCCAUUCCAUAAGUCCGAAUUCCUUAAUUUCUGCCUAAUAUAGGGGUUAGUGUGGGCAUGGCUGUGUGUAUGUGUGUGUGCAUGCAUGUUUGUUUGUUUGUAUAUCUGUCUGCCUUCCUACCUGCCUAUCUGUUUGUCUACCUGCCUGUCUGCCUCCUUUUCCUCUGAGUGAUAUCACUGUGGUGUGUGAAGAGUGCCUUGGGUAUCUUCACCACAUCUGUGUGUGAGACUGACUGACUGACUGAAUAAUGAACACACAGUGGGAUUGGAUCAUGGUGUUUUAACAUAAUGAUCUCAUGUGCAGAUUUAAGUCUCGGUGGAACAACAUAUAAUUACCCAGUAUUUGCAUUGUAAUUAUUCUCCACUCCAGAGUCACAAAUAUAUAUAUAUUAUGCUAUAUAUAUUUAUAUAGUCAUGCAUAAGUUCCUCUUUUGGAGUUUUAAGUUUUGUGUGUAGAAGAGAAUAAAUUCUGCGUCGGCUUGUGUAGCAUUUUACGGUGUGCUUGUUUGUCACUUGAUGGUUUAGUUGUUAAUGUAUCGCUGACUUUGCCACUUCAGCCUGUCAUGUUCCCUUGAAUUAAGAACAUUUAGUUAUGGAGUUUUCAGUGGCAUUGUUUGUCACCAAAAUGAUAUAUAUAUAUAUAGUAUAUGUACAUGUAAGUACCUAUAUAGCUUUUCUCUUAAGUUAUGUUGCCGUAUAUGAAGAUGAAGGAAUUCUUGAACUAAGAUGGGUGGAAUGUGGGUUGUGCAUUCCCUUUACACUUAGUAUGUACUGUAUUUGCUAAUGAAAGCUUACCUGCUUUACAACCUACCUGAAGUCAGAGUGUGUAGGCUGAGUCCCAGGUGUGCGCUGCGUCCACCUGCGCCGGUCAUUGCGUGCUACUCAGUCUUCCUGGGGCCACUGUGGGAGCCUGUCACGUCUCAGGGUGAGUGCCUGGUAAUGGUGGGUCUGUAGCACUGCACCCCCUCCCUGUCCUUGGCCCCACAGCUCCUCAGCUCCUCACUACUGAGUCUGGUUCAGCUUGUCCUUGUCCUCGUGUGUAGAGUGAAGCUGGAGUGCGGGAGUUUGGUGUAUGUAUUUUUUUCUUUUUAUGUAAAUCGUAUUCAUACCUCAUCUGUUUUUUACCAUUAAUACUUUUUAAUAAGGAUGUUUAGGGAUUAAUUCCUCUUCAAAUGAAUCAAUGUUUUGUUAUGAAAUGAUUAGCACAAAAUUAAUGUUCUAGCACUUUAUUUUAUUAAAUGUGAUGCACUCUCUCUCUCUCUCUCUCUCUCUCUCUCUCUCUCUCUCUCUCUCUCUCUCUCUCUCUCUCUCUCUCUCUCUCUCUCUCUCUCUCUCUCUCUCUGCUGAUUUUAUAUAUUUGUACAUGAACUGAUAAUGUUUGAUGGAGGGAAAAGGUGAAUUAGUUACAAAAGCAGUAAUCACAUUCUCCAUACAUUCCCAGAUCUUCCAUUGCUGCUGCACUGAUAUGAAACACAGUGUGUGCUGGAGAGGACAGUCAGGUGUGUAACAAUUUUUUUUUUAUUUACUUAUUAAUCUUUUUUUUUUUUUUUUUUAUCUUAUUUAUAUUUUUAUUAUUAUUUUUUUUUAUUUAUUUAUUUAUUUUUUAUUUAUUUAUUUUUUUUUUUUUUGUGGUGGAAUAGAACUUGAAAUAUUGAAAGUUUAUUCAUUGUAAGCAUUCAUUCAAAAUUGAUGUACAGAAAUAAUUUGCUGUGAUUAUGUAAGCAAUAAUUAAUUGAUUUUGAUUUGUAAGUUAAAAUCUGACUUACAGAAGUAAGUCAUGAGAAUGUAGUGUCUUGUGGUUAUUGUGUAUGUAAUAUUCAAUGUUUUUUUCUACAUGGAGUCUCAGACAGAGGUUGGGUUCCCAGCACAUCUGUGAGGCAGGGGAGUGUUAGGGUCUAGUGGGUGAGGUGCAGCCUUGUGGUAAUGGCUGUGCACUGUUGUGGCUCUGCUGGCAUCCAGGACUAAUUCCUUGUACACUUCUGUAGUAAUGAGUGUAUAAAAGACACCAUGCUUUUAUUAGAAUUAUUAUUAUUAUUAUGUUAUUUUAUUAUUUUCUUGAGAAUACAUAUGUGGUUGGCAGCUCUACUUUCUUAAAGAAAUAGAGAGCUACAUAAGGAAGCAUGAGCACCUGUCAGAAUUCCUGGAGAAGCAUUGAUAAUGAUUAGGAAGUAUUUAGAGUAACCAUUCUGUGGGGAAGCCAAAGUGUUAUUGAGACUCAUUGCCUCCACACCCCAGAAGAUAUGUUUGUUACCACCUCUGCUCAGGCUCGGAGAACAAACAGAAACUGAUAAAACUUGAUGUUGUGAUGUUUAGGUCACAUAUGAACUGUUGUUGAAGGUACAAUUCCUGUACAGCUAAGUACAUUUAUAGAAGUUUGCUCCUGGUGUUGAGAAUUGAAGAAUUUAAUGUUUUACAUUAUUCUUAUUGAAACUUUAUCAAAAUUGUUACCUUGGUAUUUAUUUUGUAUGUGUACCUGUGUUAGUGUGAAUACCUGUCAUUGCCAAAUGUAGGAGGAAGCAGGAACCAGCAAGAAGCAAGGCAUUCCACCAGGGAUCACAGGUUACCUACUUACCAAAGAUACUAGAGGUGGUGGUGUGUGAGAGAGCCAAGCACGGACACUCAUUAAAUGGCAUGUUACAUGUUUGAAUUAUGAGGAAGUCUUUGUCUUGAUGUCUAAAGUGUGGGUGGAGUGUGAUGUCAGAUUCUUUAUUGGUGAGAAGAUUGUCUGGCUGUCUGGGGCCUCAAUGUGAUGCAAAGAUGCCAUUGUUUGUGCUCCACUGCAUGGCUGCACUUCAUUCAUGUUGUUUUAACUGUGUAAAAUCCAGACAAAUCCUGCACAUUAUUUGCUGAGAAUAUUCAUAUUGAAUACCAUGUAAGUACCAUAUGUAUUUGUCUUCACAGGGGGUAUAAACUUUAAUUAGUUGUAUUUCAUGUGUAUAUACCAUUAAGUUUUUCAAGUUGUCUUGUAUAUGCAGUUUUAUGGUUCCAUCAUCCUGUGACCUCUUGUGGGGAGCACAACAGUGGGAAAAAAGGAGGGUUAUUAUCACAGUUUGAUGUGCUGCCAUAACAGCCAAGCCAGCCAGCAGAACUGGCUCAUGAUAUUAUUACUAUUCCAUGACUUGGCCUUGGUCAUGUGUGUCUUAUUGGCACCCCUGCUUUUUGCAAUGCAGUCCUUCUUCCACAUGUUGUGUUUCUGCCAUAACCAUUGUUGUGUAAUGGUCCUGGGACAUGCUGUGUACUGUGUCCUGAGGAAAGACCUGAGGAUCUAAUGGAGGCCGGCAGAGUGAGCCUGAGUCUCUGUGCUGAGUCCAGUGGUUUGAUCCCAGCCACACUUACCCAAGGGUGACACAUUUUCAUGAUAUUCAUAUCAAAGUGUAGAAAAAAGAUACUAUUUUCAGAGAAUAACUACUAUUUUGUGUACGUAUGUAUCUUUUCCAAGGGACGGGAACAGAUUUUCGUGCUUACUUUCGUAGAGGGAAUACUUAAAGCAGCAGCAGCAGCAGCAGCAGCUUGGUCCAAAUUGAUGUCAGAGGGCAAAUAUUUAAUGUAUUUAAUGAUGCUUGCUCAUAUUGAUGAUGUACGAGAUUCAUUUAACCUAAUAAUGAUUGUGAGGAUGUCCAGUAGCCUUGUUGGGGAAACUAUAUGCAAUGUAGCUUUUCCUCCCACCAGAGUCAGUGCCCCCACACAACACUGUUCAGCAUCACUCACUGUGUGUCAAGGCUCCUCUUAUGUUGUAAGCAGAUUGUACAAAGGUGUUAUCCUCAAGCUGUGGUGGACUUUAUUGAUAUGUUGUUAUUUCUCUCUCUCUCUCUCUCUCUCUCUCUCUCUCUCUCUCUCUCUCUCUCUCUCUCUCUCUCUCUCUCUCUCUCUCUCUCUCUCUCUCUCUCUCUCUCUCUCUCUCUCUCUCUCUCUCUCUCUCUCUCUCUCUCUCUCUCUCUCUCUCUCUCUCUCUCUCUCUCUCUCUCUCGUUUCCAUCUUAUGUUACUUGUUUUCACAUGUGGUUGUCUUCCUAUAUGCUAUACACACACACACACACACACACACACACACCAUCAACAAUUUGAAAAGUUUAAGGUUGUGAUUUGUCAUUUAAAAUACUUCCUAUUUAACAACUAAUAUCUCUCUCUCUCUCUCUCUCUCUCUCUCUCUCUCUCUCUCUCUCUCUCUCUCUCUCUCUCUCUCUCUCUCUCUCUCUCUCUCUCUCUCUCUCUCUCUCUCUCUCUCUCUCUCUCUCUCUCUCUCUCUCUCUCUCUCUCUCUCUCUCUCUCUCUCUCUCUCUGUUAUCACCAUCCUUGUCGUUGUUGCUGUUACCGUCGUAGUGCGGGGAGGGCCGAUCAGUAAGUAAGAGCUGCUGCAGUAGACAUUCUAGGCGCCUUCGGUAUACUGUACAUCCAUUGACUGGCUUUAUAUUAGAGUACUAUGAGAAGUAAUAAUAAAGAAAUGUUUAAUAGAA